AUCAACAAAGAGUGUUUAGGCUCAUAUUGCAGAAAAUUAACAACAUAAGAUUACUUGGGUCAACAAGUUUGUUUCUAAAUCACUUUCUAGCAAUAUUAUAAUGUAUUUAAGCCAAGGAGCGUAGCUUAAUAUACGAGUCAUAUGCAAUAUCAACAAUCGCUUUAAAAAUGCUGGAAGACAAGAGCGGCAAACCCUUCAAAUGUGACCAAUGCAAUUACACGUCCAAUCGCCAAUUCGAUCUGCGGCGUCACAAGCUGCGUCAUGCCCGGGUGAAACCCAUCGAAGGCUACAUCUUCAAGUGCAGCGAGUGCCAAUUUGCAACCAAAUGGAAGCGCAACAUGAGACGCCACAUGCAGACGCACGAGAAAACUGUAGCUGCACACAAGGUGGAGGAGGAGGAGGAGGAGACGGAAGCGGAGGCGGAAGCGGAAGCGGAGCAGACCAUCGAGGAGUAUUUCGUGGAGGUGAUCAACGGCUCAGAAACGGAGCCUGAAGUGGAUCUCGUGGUGGAGGAAGCUCAACAGCCUGCAGUCAGCGUAGUGCUGCCAACGGAUCAGUUCGAAAAGAAUAAACGCUUCAAAUGCGAUCUCUGCCGCUAUACAUCCAAAAGGCUCUUCGACAUACGACGCCACAAGCGGACGCACACCAGAGUCAAGGUCAUUGAUGGCAAAGGCUUCAAGUGUGACGAAUGCAAUUUCAUUACCAAGUGGAAACGAAACAUGGGGCGACAUAUGAAGAAACACGAGAAAGCACCCAGCGAGGCAGCGGUAGAGGAGGAGCACUCGGCAGAGCAGUCAACUGUUGAGUAUACAUUGGAGCUGAUGAAACCAAAUACAGAUAUAUACACGAUAUAUGCUUCUGAAGAGCAGUCAUUGGAAGGGCUGAUAUCGCCAGGAGUGGAUAUAAAAGCAGCAUAUACAACCGAGACACAGAUUCUGGAUAUUCAGGUGCCUGCAGAGAAUCACAGUGAUCCCGAGAAACGUUUCAUGUGCCCCAAAUGCGAGUAUACCACAAAACGGAUAUUCGACUUGCGUCGCCACUUGCAGGUGCACGCGAAAACGAAGCACAUCGAGGGUAUUGCCUAUCAGUGUAACACUUGCUCCUUCAUAAGCAAAUGGAAACGGAAUAUGCGACGGCACGUGGAAAAGCAUCGGCGAUCUUUAGUCCCAAAAGAAGCGCCUCCCGAUAAGCAACAAUUCAACGAAGUUGUUGUCGAUCAAACGUCCGAUUUGGACUCACAGGUGGAGGACACAAUAGAGGGGGAUCCCGAAGUGCUGCCAUCCUAUUGGAUUGCACUAACACCAUAGCAUAUUUAUAUAUACUACUAAAUCUUUAAAUGUUGGAAAAGCUACGCCCUUAAGACCCCCAUCUGCAAUGGAUUAUUUUAUAAUCAUAUUUGCGGAAAGGCCUAUAACUAAUGGCCAAAUUUUAGUUCAAUAUUUGAUUACAUACAUAUAUUAUUAUUGUAAAUAAGAAAUUACGUUUUCUUGUAUUUUAUUGAAACAGCUACAGAAAAUAAUGGCAAUAAAUGAACAGUAAAAUUA